AUGUCCCUGAGUCUUCGAAAUUCAUUUGUGAGGUCUUUGUCGCCACGAAAAAUCCAAUUUCGCCCUCUCAGCAAUAAGGCCAGCGGCACGUAUGAAGAAUGGAAUGAAGGACCCGAAGUUGAGUGGGAGACAGAGCCAGACUGGUUAGAAGAAUCCGAUUCCGACGCCAUUUUUCCUGACGCAAGAAACCGAAGGCGCAGGGUGAGACGAGUCUUCUCUGGAAUUCAACCUACUGGAGUUCCCCAUCUCGGAAACUAUCUCGGUGCACUGCGGCAAUGGAAACGACUUCAUGACCAAUCUCAAGAUCCAAAAUUGGCCGGCAAUCACACGGUCCGACAAUAUUACUCGAUUGUGGACUUGCAUGCCUUGACCGCAGACACUCCACCCGCCGUGCGAUUACGCCAAAGAAAAGAAUCAUACGCCGCUCUACUCGCAAUUGGCUUGAGCAAUACCGACAAAACGAGCGUUUUCUUUCAAUCUGAUGUGUCGUGUCAUUCGGAGUUGAUGUGGAUUCUGAGCACUAUUGCAUCUACCGGUUAUUUAUCUCGAAUGACCCAAUGGAAGAGCAAAUUGAACCUUCCAGAUAAUGUCAAUCUUGAUAGUGAUGAAGCAACAGCAAAGCUCAAGCUUGGGUUAUUCUCAUAUCCGGUGCUUCAGGCCGCUGAUAUCUUGUUGUACAAAGCGGACUUGGUGCCUGUUGGGCAUGAUCAACUGCAGCAUAUUGAGUUUGCUCGAACGUUGGCCCGGAGCUUUAACUCCCACAUUAAAGAAAGCUGGGGUUCGACCAUUUUCAAGAUCCCUGCUCCCGUGUUAUCGCCGGCUCAAAGAUUAAUGUCCCUUAAAAAACCUACACAGAAGAUGUCCAAAUCCGACCCAGAUCCGAAGUCACAGAUUCUCAUUACCGAUAGUGCCGAAGAGAUAUACGCCAAAAUCAAAGGUGCUGUGACUGAUUCCACACCGGGAAUAUCUUAUGAUCCCGUCGAGCGACCAGGUGUGUCCAACCUGAUUGACAUCUUGAAAUAUACCACGAAUUCCUCGGAACCAUCCGAAUUUAUUGCACGAGACAUGAGUUCUUUGAGCAUGCGUGCCAUGAAGGAGAAGGUCGCGUGGGAAGUUAUUCAGGCGUUGCAAGGCAUCCGCGAAAAGUUCUUGGAUCUUAUGCAGCCGAAUAACGACCAGUUGUUUCGUGAGGUGACCAAAGGCGCCAUAAAGGCACGGCGGAGGGCAACGGCUACUCUUACAGACGUCCAAUGUUCUCUGGGAUUACUCGCCCUUCAUCUAUCCGACCCUCGGAGGGGAUUCGAAGUCGGGGGAAUGGAUGACGAUUCAGACACUGCUCUUGACGUUGGGUGCGACGAACUUGUGGAACCCCAACGGAGAAGGACCAAGUCACCGGGAUGA